AUGAAGCAGAUCAGCAGCGGGACUCUCCCGCUUGAGGGCAACCUGCGAGUCCAGAACGUGAACGUCAACCUUGACCCUCCACAAAAAUCAGAACUUGUUCCUGCGCAGGCACCCGACCUAGACAUGGAUCGCGCGUUAGAUGCCCCCAACGGCCUUCUCAGAGUGCAACACGACGUCAAGUCUUCGUCGUGGCUAUGCCGCACAACUCAACCUGGCCCCGCCGGCUCGGCGACCGACAACUCUCCUUGA